GUGCUGAAUGGAAAGCCCUCUCCCCACUCCAGAAGCUCAUUAAACAGGCCACGUUACCGUACAGGUUUAUUUCUGUCACAGCGUUUCUGAAAACAGUGACAAGGAUUAAUAUGUUUCAUUGGUGCUGGAAAAAGCCUGACAGUGGGUCCCUUGUGAAUUUGAUCAUCUGUUUCCUUGCCUGUGCAAGAGUCAGUCUCUUAUUAUAUCCUCAGGUUACAGCUGUAAACUGA